AUGAAACGACCAGUUGACAUCAAUGAUUUGCUGGGAUUGAAACCCGAUGGUAAGAGUAAUUCAAAUGGAGAAACCCCCACGUUUUUAACCAAGAAAAGACGGGCUGAAGCAGCAGCAGAAGGACGCCGUAAGACAAGCACAAAUCAAGAUUCUGAGGACGUCAAACGACUCACCUGGCGUAAAAAUGGGUCUGAGUUUGUGGAGGAGUCGAAUUGGCCGAUAAAGAGCGGUUCGGGAGGUCUUAAAAAUCAAACAGAACGGAACUCUCGAAGACGAUUCAAUUUUGACUGGAAGCAUGAAGAUGACACAACGCUGGGUUCUGAUCCACUGGUAAAUUUGAAAGCAUCUAAGCUUCUAAAGUCAGGCUCUUUGGAAACAGAAGAAAUGUACAUGGGCAAGCAUUGGACUGAAAAAUCGCUCCAAGACAUGACCGAUCGUGACUGGAGGAUUUUACGGGAAGACUUUCACAUUGAAACAAAAGGAGGAUCCAUAAGACACCCUCUCAGAAAUUGGAGCGAAACUGGCUUAAUUCCGCCAGAUCUAUUGCAGGUAAUAGAGGGUACGCUGAAUUACGUCGAACCCACGCCUAUUCAAAGAAUCACGAUUCCAAACACCAUAGAUGGUCGCGAUUUCUUAGGUGUAGCAGUCACCGGUUCUGGUAAAACUUUGGCUUUUCUAAUUCCAUCACUGUGCCAGCUCAGCAACAUGCCUCCACUCAAUGAUAUCACGAAGCUUGACGGCCCGUCCGUAUUGGUUUUGGCGCCCACUCGAGAGCUUGCUCAGCAGAUUGAGGAAGAGGCUCAAAAAAUCUUGAAGCAUUGGUCUCGACCAUCAAAAGUGGUUAGUAUCGUUGGAGGUCAUUCCAUUGAAGAAAUAUCGCAUUCGCUCCAAAAUGGCUGCGACAUUCUGGUUGCCACUCCGGGUCGACUAAUAGACUGUUUGGAGUCACAUAUGCUGGUGCUGACAAACGUUCAAACACUAAUUCUGGAUGAAGCUGACCGAAUGAUAGAUCUUGGUCUCGAGGAUCAAGUAACAACCAUCUUAUCGAGAGCAGACUGUAGCGGUAAAAAAAGACAGACUUUGAUGUUCACGGCCACCAUGUCAAAUUCGAUCGAGCGGAUAGCUAAUGGCUAUUUAAAUAAACCGGCUCAUGUGCGGGUUGGGGCUCAGGACACUGGGGGACUCGUUAAACAGGUGGUGGAUUUCAUCCCCAGUGAGGAGCAAAGGUUCAUAAAACUUUCGAAAGACAUUCUUCCCGCGUUCAACGCACCAAUUAUGAUCUUCAUCAAUUACAAACGAACUGCGGAUUGGCUGGCAAAUAAGUUUGCCUCCGAAACAAAGUACAGAGUAACAACAUUGCACGGCUCAAAAUCUCAAGAUCAAAGAGAGCACUCCCUGAGCUUACUCCGAAGUGGUAAGGCCGAUAUAAUGAUUGCAACUGACGUGGCCGGGAGAGGUAUCGAUAUUCCAAACGUGUCGCUGGUUGUGAAUUUUCAAAUGUCCAAGGCCUUCGAGAACUACAUCCACCGCAUAGGUAGAACAGGUAGAGCAGGAAAAAGUGGAAGCUCCAUAACUUUUCUCGGCGAAAACGACGACCCCAAAGUUGUUGAAGAGCUUUGGAAGUAUAUCAAAGACACAAACGUCAACAACAUAAACGAACUGAAGUCUUCUGUGCGCAAAAAGUUCAACUUUAGCGAUAAUCAUUUGAAGCCAAUUCUUUAUUAA